AGCACCGGCCCGGUCUCCCAGGCAGGCAGCACUGGUGGCGCAGCUUCACCAGGAGCCUCAGCAGGAGGGCACGGCCAAGGGAUGAACCUUUCCACCAGCAUCAUUUUCUGCUUCCUGAUCCUGGGCGUCAGCAGCCAGGGAUGGGGGACGUUCCUCAAGGAAGCUGGUCAAGGGGCUAAAGACAUGUGGAGAGCCUACAGAGACAUGAAGGAAGCCAACUACAUAGGUGCAGACAAAUACUUCCAUGCCCGCGGAAACUAUGAUGCUGCCCAAAGGGGACCAGGGGGUGCCUGGGCUGCUAAAGUGAUCAGUGAUGCCAGAGAGACUAUUCAGGGGAUCACAGACCCUCUGCUUAAGGGCAUGACCAGGGAGGAGCUACGGGAGGACACGAAGGCCGACCAGUUUGCCAACGAGUGGGGCCGGAGCGGCAAAGACCCCAACCACUUCAGACCUCCUGGCCUGCCUGACAAGUACUGAGCUGCCUCUCUCUCUGCUCAGGAGACAGGGCUGUGAGUCCCCAAGGGCGGGGACCCUGAGCUGGAGCGUUCUCUGUCCACAGAAGGCAGCGGAUCUAAUAAAUGCUUGAGAUG